AUGGGUAGCACCGGCGAGAAUUACAUCAAAUGGGACGCUCCAGGCGUCGAGGUCAUUCAGCCGGGCGAGAAGGAGAAGAUCUGGGAGGUCUCUGAGCAGUUCAAGCGAAUGCAGAUGAUGAACUUCAACGAGCAUCACCAUUGCCUGCGAGGAACUCACUUGAAGACUCAAGGUUGCGUGAUCGGCAAGUUCGUUGUCAACGAUAAUCUCCCGCCACACCUCGCCCAGGGCAUGUUUGCCAAGCCAGGAACCUACGACUGCAUCAUGCGAUACUCCUCGCUCACACCAAAGCUCGUGCCGGAUCCAGUCCCAGCUCCACGAGGUAUCGGCAUCAAGGUAUUCGGCGUUGAGGGAGAGAAACUAUGGGGCGAGGACAAGAAGACCCAGGACUUCACCAUGAACAACUACCCCGUGCUGGAGCUGCGAACCCCUGUCGCGACUUACGAGAUCGCAGACUCUCUGGAGAAGAAUUGGAAUAACAUACCAGAUUUCGCCAAAUACCUAGGCACGCGAAAGGAUGCUGAAGUCGCUUGCAUGCCAGGGAACCUUCCACAGCAGUACAUGGUCGCUAUGAACGAAUGGUCUCAGUCUGCAUACCGCCACGGCGACUUCGUUGCCAAGUACGGCGUCUUCCCCAAGGGCGAGGAGCAGUUGAAGCUCGUCGAUGAGCGUAUCCCAGACGACGCAGCAAUCAACAUCAUCUCUCAGCACAACCGCGCUUUUCACCAAAAGCAUAAAGUCACCUACUCCUUUUGCGCUCAAAUGCUACAAAACCUCGACGAACAGCCCGUAGACGACAUCGGUGUCCUCUGGGACGAGAAGAAGUACCCAUUCGAGGAACUCGGAACCCUCGAAUUCGAUCCACAAGAUUCCUGGCUCCCCGAGUUCCGCGUCUGGUGGGAUGACCGAAUCACUUGCAACGGCUGGCACGGUUUGAAAGUCCACCAACCUCUCGGCAGCACCAACCGUAUGCGGAGAGUCGUGUAUGCUGAGAGCAGGAAGCUUCGAACGCGGGUCAAUGGUUUUAAGGAUUAUAUUGAGCCUUCCAGCUUGAUGGAGGUUCCAGCGCCGAUUCCUGCGAUUUAUCAAUUUAUUAAUCCGGAGGCGGGGCAGAAGGUGACUUGUUCGGAAGAUAUCCAUGUUGCGUAG